AUGAUACUUUUUGAACAUAGUUUCUCCGCCCUCUGGGCCCUGACGGUCCGCACUUACAGCCCUCGUCAACUUGAGUUCUGGGGUACACUAGCCGUCCAGAUCGUUUUCUUCUGGAUCCCGGCCCUCACCUACACAGCUCUGGACUACAUCCUCCCUUCAUUCUCGGCGCGGCACAAGAUCCAACCGGCUCCCAAGCAACCCACCACGGCCGAGAUAAAGCACUGCUUCCUGGUAGUCCUCCGCAACCAGCUGCAAUCCGUCGUACUCGCCAUCCUCCUAGUGGCCCUCUCCAUCGCCCGCGAUGAGCCCUCCCGCUUCCGCAUCUCAGCAACCCUCCCCUCGGGCGCCGAGCUCGCGCGCGACCUGUUCAUCUGCUGGGUGAUGCGCGAGGUCAUGUUCUACUAUGCGCACCGACUGCUACACACUCGUCGGCUAUACAAGAUCAUCCACAAGGUGCACCACGAGUUCACGGCGCCCGUGGCGCUGACCGCCCAGUACGCCCACCCCAUCGAGCAGCUCGUCGCCAACACCCUGCCCAUUGCCCUGCCGCCGCUGCUGCUGGAGACUCAUAUUCUGACGAUGUGGGUGUUCCUGGCGGCUAUGCUGGUUGAGACGGCUACCGUGCAUAGCGGGUAUGACUUUCUGAUGGGCAUUGCCAAGGCCCAUGACGCCCAUCAUGAGAAAUUUAGCGUGCAUUAUGGAGCGUAUGGAUGGAUGGAUUGGCUGCAUGGGACGGAUGGGAGCAAGAGGAAGAAGGUUGAGUAA